AUGGAUCCUCCGACGGAAGAGGGUUUCGACGAUGAGAAUGAGCUUACAUUCGUCAAGGAAGCACCCGAAGUCAACGGGCUCGUGGAGCAAAUCAAGGAUGCGCUCGAGGGGAGAGAUCCCGCAGACGGCACCUCGACGAUCUCGAAAACGGUGUUCCACAAGAUCCAGGAGAUCGUGGAGCGGUACCAGGAGUAUCCGACGCUCCUGGAUCCGCACCUGGAGGGAUGGAUCCUUCCCCUGACCUCGGUAAUUCGUCGUGAAGCCCAUAAAGGCUCCGAGGCUGACAUGGUGCUCGUCCAGCGCGCGUCACGGGUGCUCCACGCUCUCGCAUCCGUCCGCGGAUACAAGACCGUGGUCAAGUUUUUCCCGCACGAGGCGAAGGACUUCGAGCCGGUGGUCGCCUUGCUGGUGCGAUCGCACGACGUCGGCUCACUCGCGACGAAUAUGGAGGAGGCGGAUGAGCUCGGUUCCGCUUGGGAGACGCGCGCAACCCUGAUCCUUUGGCUGUCCAUCCUGGUGCUCAUCCCGUUCGACCUCGUCACCGUCGACUCGCAGGUUACCACAAACACGGGCGUUGACGGCGCGGCAAUGGCCAAGAGUGGCGGGCAGCAGGAGGCGCCCCCGGUCGUGCUCAGGAUUCUAGCACUGUGCCAAGACUCCUACCUGCGCGAUCCGGGGAUCGUACGAGACCGAGCAGCGUUCCUUCUCGCCAAGCUUUUGACUCGACCGGAUAUGCCUCUCGCGCUGCAGAAGUUUUUGGUUUGGGCCACUGACGCGCUCGGGGGCCAAUCGGAGUACUCGGAACAGGAGAAGAUGUUCAUCGUACCCGGUAUCGUGCGCGCACUCGCGGCGACAUUUAAGCUUGGGAAAAGGUCGGAGCUUUUGGAGGUUGCGGAGAGGUUGUGGACGAACGCGAGGGACCUGGCAGACUCGCCCGCCGCGAAGGCUUCGACGUUGACCCGUAAGCUGGCGUGCAAGCUGACGCAGAGGAUCGGUCUCUUGUUCUUGAAGCCGAGGGUUGUGUCUUGGAGGUACGAACGUGGCGCGAGGUCGCUUGAAGACAACCUGAAAAGGGCUAUGAUCAUCAGUCAAGGCGGAGACGCAGACGCUGAGGAUAGGAAAAAGGCUGAGGAGGCGGCGGCGAAAGAACAGGAGGAAGACGAGGACUGGGAUAUCCCGGAGGAGAUCGAAGAGGUCAUAGAGGCUUUGCUGACAGCGCUACGAGAUAAGGAUACCGUGGUUCGCUGGUCCGCGGCGAAGGGUCUGGGAAGGAUCACAGCUCGCCUUCCAGCGGAGCUCGGCGAUGAGGUCGUGGGUUCCAUCCUUGACUGCUUCUUGCCCACGGAGAACGACAACACCUGGCACGGCGCUUGUUUGGCUCUGGCGGAACUGUCCCGCCGUGGACUUCUCCUCCCCGUCCGCCUACCGGAUGCGGUCCCGCACGUGGCAUCGGCGCUCGCGUACGACGUGCGAAGAGGACCUCACUCGGUUGGCGCGCACGUUCGAGACGCGGCUUCUUACGUGUGCUGGGCCUUUGCUCGCGCGUACGCGCCAGAAGUUCUCGCACCUCACGCAGACGCUCUGGCGCCUUCCCUGCUGAUCGCGGCGUGCUUCGACAGGGAGGUUAACUGCAGGCGCGCUGCUUCCGCCGCGUUCCAAGAGUCCGUCGGUCGUCUCGGCGCGUUCCCGCACGGCAUCGACAUCAUCCAAGUGGCGGACUACUUUUCGCUCGGAUCCAGGACCAAAGCGUACACCGUCGUGGCCGACCACAUCUGCGGUUAUGACGAAUACAGGCGCAGGAUGCUGAACCACCUGUGCGAUGUGAAGCUGAUUCACUGGGAGCGCGCCACCAGGGAGCUCGCUGCGAGGACGAUAUCUAUCAUCGGCCGCCGGGACCCGGAGUGGAUUCGGGAGGUUGCGCUCCCCGUGUUGUUGGACCGGUCGCUGUCGACAAACCUCGAGGCGAGACACGGCGCGUGCGUUGGCGCGGCGGAGGCGUUGCUUGCACUGAAAAAUGCUGGCGAGCCCUGCGUGGAGGGAGAACUCGCGACGAAGGUCACCGGCCUGGUGACUGCAAUCGAGAAGGCUCGCCUGUACCGAGGCAAAGGCGGAGAGGUGAUGCGCGCGGCGGUUAGCAAAUAUGUGCAGUGUCUGGCGUCUGUCUCGCAGCCGUUGGACAAGGGACCGGGACCUGCUACGGGUCCUAAGUCUUUGCGUUCCACGCUUCUCGCCUCGCUAGAGGAGAAUUUGAAGCAUCCGACGGUCGACAUACGUGACUCUGCGGUGUCGGCGAUGGAGGAGUUUUCGGCUUCAUACAUGGUCGGGUCAAACCCAGCCGCGGGUGCCAAGAGGCUGAUCGUGAAACUCGCGACGCUCCUGAGGGAGGACCAGAACCCGGCAGCGAGGAGAGGCGCAGCGCUCGCGCUCGGUGUGAUGCCGGGCGAGAUGCUCUUCUCGUGUGUGCCAGGCUUUGCUGCCGAAGCUCCAGCGGAGGAGAACGUGGAUGCCGAGGCAGAUCCGGAGAUGAUCCCCGCGUGGCGCAUGGCACUUGAGGCUCUCAAGGCGGCAUCGAUCCCGGAGGAAGAUGUCGAGGCGAGGGAUGCGGACGCGCGCGUUUGCGCGACGAAGGGGAUGGCGGGAGUUCUGUCCCGGAUGGCGACCAAUCUCGUCGAGGACGACUACGCGGCGACGUCGCAAGCCGCUUCAGAGGUCAUCUCAUCUCUGCUGACGUGCAUGGAGGACUACUGCACGGACAACCGAGGUGAUGUCGGCUCCUGGGUGCGUGAGGCGGCGAUGGAGGCGCUUCCCGGUGCCAUCUCAGCUCUGCAGGCUUCGGGACUCGAGCUCGCGACGGGAAGGUGCGCGACAAUCGUAUCGGCGCUGCUCAAGCAGUGUGCCGAGAAGAUUGAUCGCACGAGGGCGUCGGCGGCGACUGCUCUUUGCGCGGUGCUCCGCGGCCGGGAGUCGGACAUGCUCGAGCCGCUGCCGGACGUACCUGGUUUGAACAAGUUAUUGGAUGCGGCGCCCACGGAGGAGAGACUCGCCGCGUCGUGGGCUGUUCCUACAAGCGCGUACGCGGCGUUGACACCACUCAUUGUCGCGGACGGGUCUGAUCCACUCGCGGCGUACAGGGCGGACCUCAUCGAGGGGAUCGUGGUGUCCGCCGGUGGCGUCGGAGAUAGCCUCGGCAAGGCUUCUGGAGGUGCCCUAGUUGCCGCAGUCAAGGCUGACCCCGCGCUGCAGGAGACCGUGGCGAACGAGCUGGUUGACCUGUUGUCUCGCCGCCAAGGCGUGGACAGGGUCACCGUGCCGCUGCUCCGCGUCUUGGACUUGCUGUUUUCGUCCGGGGCGCUCGCCUCAGUCGCUCCUGCACAUCCCGACCCGCCUAAUGCGUUCGCGCACACGCUCGCCGAAAAUCUCCGUGCCGAGCUCAAAGGGUCCAGAGACGUAGCUAAGCUAUGCCAUGGUGUCCAGGCUCUCUCACACGUUGCCGCGCUUGGACCCAACGUGAUAAACUCGGACAGAUGCGCGAGGACGUCUGGACUUCAAGGUAUACUUGCACUGAUGGUGAGCAGGUAUCCCAGGGUUCGCAGGGUCGCUUCCGAGGCGUUAUACGUUUUACUUCUAGGUUUAGACGAGGAGGCUGCCGGCGAGGGUAUCGAGGCGGCGAUUGAGUUACUCUCCGAUACAAGGUGGGACGCGGAGCUCACCAUGGUCAAACCAGAGAGGAACAAACUGUAUCCGCUCCUAGGUCUGGAGGCUCCCGCGGCGGCGCUCGAGGCGGCGAAGGGUCCGGGUGUCAAGGUCAAGGUGGUUGACGAGAAUGAGUCAUACGCAGCGCUGGUUGGGAGCGCUGGAUAUUGA